AUGUGGAACAUUUCCGCGUCUCUUAUUAAACCCUGCGAUAAAAUCAAACUCUUUCAGGGCCGAACGAGCCUCCUGAAGUGCGCAGUCUCAGUGGCUCGUAAUGAGAGUGAGCGUGACUACCUCACAUCUUCUCCUAAUUGUUUGUCUCUCGUAUCUCCAUCUCCCUCAUGUAGAAAAUUAACAAAGCAAGCAGUUCUCCAAAACGGCCAUGAGAGCCUGAUAGAGAUGGAUGCGUUGAAUCCCGUGAGCCACGAGGGCAGCUAUGGAGACGGGCACUUCCUCUUUAAGACAGGCACAGGAACGACCCCUCUGUUCAGCACGGCUACUCCGGGCUACACCAUGGCUACGGGGGCGGUGUAUUCGCCCCCCACACGGCCGCUGCCCCGCAACACGCUCUCGCGCAGCGCCUUCAAAUUCAAGAAGUCGUCCAAGUACUGCUCGUGGAGGUGCACGGCCCUCAGCGCCGUCGCCGUGUCCGUCCUGCUGUCCAUCAUCCUCUGCUACUGUGUCUCGAUGCAUCUGUUUGGACUGAACUGGCAGCUGCAGGAGACAGAGAGUUUUGCAUUUGAGAAUGGACAAGUCAAACCGGACGGCACAACAUCUAACGGAGUCACCACACUGUCAACUGAGCACGGUAAAGGGGGUGUGUCCAGUCAGGAGAAUAACACUAUAGACACAGGUGAGGUGGAUGUGGGAAGACGGGCGGUGCAGGAUGUUCCUCCCGGAAUGUUUUGGCGUUCUCAGCUUUUCAUCGAUCAGCCACAAUCGCUCAAGUUCAACAUCUCGCUGCAGAGAGAUGCACUCGUCGGAGUGUAUGGACGCAAGGGCCUGCCGCCGUCACACACACAGUACGACUUCGUGGAGUUGCUCGACGGCAGCCGUUUGAUCACGAAGGAGAAAAGAGGCCUGGUGGAAAUGGAGGGAUCUCUAAGGAGAGCGAGAUCCGUGAACGUCCACGAGGCAGAGUUCAUCCGCUUCUUCGACGCAGGAAUCUGGCACAUGGCUUUCUACAACGAUGGCAAAAACACAGAACAAGUUUCCUACAACACCAUCAUCAUAGAUUCUGUGACUGAGUGUCCACAUAAUUGUCAUGGCAACGGAGACUGUCGUUCAGGAACGUGUCAUUGUUUCCCAGGAUUCCUUGGGCCUGAUUGUUCACGAGCUGCGUGCCCGGUGUUGUGCAGUGGAAACGGUCAGUACUCCAGGGGGCGCUGUCUGUGCUACAGCGGUUGGAAAGGCACCGAGUGUGACGUCCCCAACAACCAGUGCAUCGACAUCCACUGUGGUGGCCACGGCAUCUGCAUCAUGGGGGCGUGUGUGUGUAACGCCGGAUACAAGGGGGAAAACUGCGAGGAAGUGGACUGUGUUGAUCCGUCAUGUUCAGGGCGAGGUGUGUGUAUCCGAGGUGUGUGUCACUGUAACUCUGGGUUUUCGGGUCCAAGCUGUGAGCUGCAGAAAGCUGUGUGUCCUGAACAGUGUUCUGGCCAUGGGAAGUUCCAGAGUGACAGCGGAACCUGCACCUGUGAUGAGAGCUGGACUGGGCCGGACUGUUCUAUUGAGGUGUGUGCAGUGGACUGUGGCACUCACGGAGUGUGUAUGGGCGGGAGCUGCCGCUGUGAGGAGGGCUGGACCGGGUCAGUGUGUGACGUGAAGGCGUGUCAUCCGCGCUGCACCGAACACGGAACCUGCAAGGACGGCAAGUGUGAGUGUCAUCAGGGCUGGACUGGAGAACACUGCACUGUGGCUCACCCGGAGACGUAUGUCCAAGGAGAGAGGAUAGGAUUUAAAGAGGGAUGCCCAGGUCUGUGUAACAGUAAUGGCCGCUGCACACUGGAUCAGAAUGGAUGGCACUGUGUUUGCCAGCCUGGCUGGAGGGGGGCUGGCUGUGACGUCGCCAUGGAAACCCUCUGCGCAGACGGCAAGGACAAUGAAGGAGGUGGGUGUAUCCUGUAUAAGGGUAAUGGGGAGAAUGUGUUUAUCUCCCAGCAGCCCCCGGUGAUCAGCAGCAUUAUGGGUAACGGGCGGAGGCGCAGUAUCUCCUGCCCCAGCUGUAACGGUCAGGCAGAUGGUAACAAGCUGCUGGCUCCUGUGGCUCUGGCCUGCGGAUCAGACGGCAGCAUCUAUGUGGGAGAUUUUAACUACAUCAGACGCAUCUUCCCUUCAGGAAACGUCACCAGUGUCAUGGAGCUCAGAAAUAAAGACUUCAGACACAGCAACAAUCCAGCACAUAAGUACUACCUGGCGACGGAUCCGAUGUCAGGGCAGCUGUACGUGUCUGAUACAAACUCACGUAGGAUCUUCAGACCCAAAGUUCUGACAGGAGUGAAGGAGCUGCUGCAGAACGCUGAGGUGGUGGCAGGAACUGGGGAACAGUGCUUACCAUUCGACGAGAACCGCUGUGGAGACGGAGGGAAGGCCACCGAGGCCCUGCUGCUGGGUCCUAAAGGCAUUGCAGUAGAUAAAAACGGCUUGAUCUACUUUGUUGAUGGGACAAUGAUCCGUAAGGUGGACCGUAACGGCAUCAUAUCAACACUGCUGGGAUCAAACGAUCUGACCUCUGCACGACCUUUGACCUGUGACACAAGCAUGCAUAUAGGACAGGUGCGUUUGGAGUGGCCAACAGACUUGGCCAUCAACCCCAUGGAUAACUCGAUUUAUGUGCUGGACAACAACGUUGUACUUCAGAUCACGGAGAACCGACAGGUGCGCAUCGUAGCGGGACGUCCCAUGCACUGUCAGGUUCCAGGCAUCGAGUACGCUCUGGGAAAACGUGCCAUCCAGACCACCCUGGAGGGCGCCACCGCCAUCGCCGUGUCCUUCAGCGGCGUGCUGUAUAUCGCCGAGAGCGACGAGAAGAAGAUCAACCGAGUGCGGCAGGUGAGCACAGACGGAGAGAUCACGCACCUGGCGGGGGCGCCAUCCGAGUGCGACUGCAAAAACGACGCCAACUGUGACUGCUACCUCACGGGAGACGGCUACGCUAAAGAUGCUAGGCUAAAUGCCCCAUCCUCGCUGGUCGUUUCCCCUGAUGGAACUCUUUACGUCGCCGAUUUGGGCAACAUCCGUAUCCGAGCCAUUUCACGAAACCGCCCUCCUCUGGCCUCGUCUGGAUUUUAUGAAGUGGCCUCUCCAGCAGCGCAGGAGCUCUACAUAUUCGAUGUGAACGGCACGCACCAGCACACCUUGAGCCUCGUUACCGGGGACUACUUGUACAACUUCAGCUACAGCAACGAGGGUGAUGUCACCGCCGUCGCUGACGGCAACGGCAACACUCUCCGUGUCCGCCGAGACCCGAACCGCAUGCCCGUACGCCUAGUCGCCCCCGACAACCAGGUGAUCUGGAUCACCAUCAGCACCAACGGAGGCCUGAAGACGCUGACGGCUCAGGGACAGGAGCUCACGCUCUUCACUUACCACGGCAACAGCGGCCUGCUCGCCACCAAGAGCACGCAGAUUGGCUGGAGCACCUUCUACGACUACGACAGUGAGGGACGACUGACGAACGUCACCUUCCCUACGGGAGUUAUCACCAGUCUGAUCGAGGAGAUGGACCGAGCGCUCACGGUGGACAUCGAGACUUCUGGAAGAGACGAUGAUGUCAGCAUUACCACUAACCUCUCUUCCAUCGACUCUUUCUACACACUCGUACAAGAUCAGUUGAGGAACAGUUAUCAGGUGGGCUACGACAGCUCUAUGAGGGUUAUUUACGCCAACGGCAUGGACUCACACUACCAGACCGAGCCUCACAUCCUGGCGGGAGCAGCCAACCCUACUGUGGCCCGGAGGAACAUGAGCCUGCCGGGAGAAAACGGCCAGAACCUGGUGGAGUGGAGAUUCAGGAAAGAGCAGACCAGAGGCAAGGUCAUAGUGUUCGGACGCAAGCUGAGGGUGAACGGAAGGAACCUGCUGUCGGUGGAUUACGACCGGACUCUGAAGACAGAGAAGAUUUAUGACGACCACCGUAAAUUCCUGCUGAAGAUUGUGUAUGACGCGGCGGGUCACCCGACACUGUGGGUUCCCAGCAGUAAACUCAUGUCCGUGAACCUGACCUACUCCAGCAGCGGCCAAGUGACGAGCAUCCAGCGAGGGGCGACUGUGGAGCGGGUGGAGUACGACAGCCAGGGACGCAUCGUCUCCAGAACCUUCGCUGAUGGCAAGUCAUGGAGCUACACUUACCUGGACAAGUCCAUGGUGCUGCUGCUCCACAGCCAGAGACAGUAUAUCUUUGACUUCGACCUACAAGACAGGCUGUCUGCCAUUACCAUGCCCAGUGUAGCGCGUCACACCAUGGAGACGAUCCGAUCUAUCGGCUACUACCGCAACAUCUAUCACCCGCCCGAGAGCAACGCCUCAGUCACCGUGGACUACAGCGAGGACGGCCAGCUCCUUCGUGUGGCACACUUGGGCACCGGACGCCGCAUCCUCUAUAAGUACAGAAGGCAGAACAAGAUCUCAGAGAUCCUGUAUGACAGCACACGUGUGAGUUUCACGUACGAUGAGACAGCUGGCGUCUUGAAGACGGUGAACUUGCAGAGUGAAGGUUUCAUCUGCUCCAUCCGAUAUCGCCAGAUUGGCCCGCUAGUGGACAGACAGAUCUUCCGAUUUAGUGAGGACGGCAUGGUCAAUGCACGCUUUGACUACUCUUACGAUAACAGUUUCCGGGUCACGAGCAUGCAAGGAGUCAUCAACGAGACGCCACUACCCAUCGACCUCUACCAAUUUGAUGACAUCUCAGGCAAAGUGGAACAGUUUGGCAAGUUUGGUGUGAUCUAUUACGACAUUAAUCAGAUCAUCUCUACGGCAGUCAUGACAUACACUAAGCACUUUGAUGUCCACGGCCGAAUCAAGGAGAUUCAAUACGAGAUCUUUCGGUCCCUCAUGUACUGGAUAACCAUACAGUAUGACAACAUGGGCCGUGUCACCAAACGCGAGAUCAAGAUCGGACCUUUUGCUAACACCACCAAAUACAGCUACGAGUACGAUGUGGAUGGCCAACUACAGACCGUUUACUUGAACGAGAAGAUGAUGUGGCGCUACAGCUAUGACCUUAAUGGCAAUCUUCACUUGCUUAACCCGGGUAACAGCGCUCGGCUCACGCCGCUCCGUUACGACCUUCGAGAUCGCAUCACGCGCCUUGGUGAUGUACAGUACCGGAUGGAUGAAGAUGGAUUCCUGCGGCAGAGAGGCACUGAGAUCUUUGAGUACAACUCCAAAGGCCUGCUGGUAAGAGUCCACAGCAAGGCCAAUGGUUGGACUAUCCAGUAUCGCUAUGAUGGACUUGGGAGGCGACUGGCGUCCCGUAACAGCCUUGGUCAGCACCUUCAGUUCUUCUAUGCUGAUCUGAACUACCCGACACGCAUCACCCAUGUCUACAACCAUUCCAGCUCAGAAAUCACCUCGCUCUACUACGACCUGCAGGGCCACCUUUUUGCCAUGGAGAUUAGCAGUGGCGAGGAGUUCUACAUUGCUUGUGACAACACCGGCACUCCGCUAGCUGUCUUCAGCAGUAAUGGGCUCCUACUUAAGCAGGUUCAAUAUACUGCUUACGGAGAGAUCUACUUUGACUCCAACCCUGACUUUCAGCUGGCAAUUGGGUUCCACGGAGGAUUGUACGACCCACUUACAAGGCUCCUUCAUUUUGGAGAAAGAGACUACGACAUUCCGGCUGGCCGCUGGACCACCCCAGAUAUUAGCACCUGGACCAGAGUGGGAAAAGAUCCUGCCCCUUUUAACCUAUACAUGUUUCGGAACAAUAACCCUAUUAGCAAAGUGCACGAUGUCAAAGAGUAUGUUACAGAUGUCAACAUCUGGCUGGUAACAUUCGGCUUCCACCUUCACAACGCUAUCCCUGGAUUCCCGAUUCCUAAAUUUGACCUCACACAACCCUCACUGGAGAUGAGGAAGAGUCAGCUCUGGGACGACCUUCCGGCCAUCUCGGGUGUCCAGGAGGAAGUAACACGUCAGGCCAAGGCGUUCUUAUCCUUUGAGAGGAUGCCAGAAAUCCAGUUUAGUCGCCGGCGCUCUGCGAGGGAUAAACCCUGGCUGUGGUUUGCCACCGUCAAGUCGUUGAUUGGUAAAGGCGUGAUGCUUGCGAUCACCAGCAAAGGCCAAGUGGCCACAAAUGCACUGAACAUUGCUAACGAAGACUGUAUCAAGGUAGCAGCAGUACUGAACAAUGCCUUCUACCUGGAAGACCUGCACUUCACAAUCGAGGGUCGUGACACACAUUACUUCAUCAAGACCAGCCUUCCUGAAAGUGACCUGGGGGCUUUACGGCUGACGAGUGGGCGCCGCAGCUUGGAGAAUGGCGUAAAUGUGACCGUGUCCCAGUCUACCACAGUGGUUAACGGGCGUACACGACGCUUCGCAGACGUCGAGCUCCAGUACGGCUCGCUGGCGCUGCAUGUACGCUAUGGCAUGACACUCGAUGAGGAAAAGGCACGAGUGCUCGAGCAGGCCCGACAAAGAGCGCUGGCAAGUGCGUGGCAAAGAGAACAGCAAAGGGUUCGAGAGGGAGAGGAAGGUGCCAGGCUCUGGACCGAAGGUGAGAAACGCCAACUGCUGAGCUCAGGAAAGGUUCUGGGCUACGACGGCUACUACAUGCUCUCUGUCGAGCAGUACCCCGAACUAGCCGACAGCGCCAAUAACAUCCAGUUCUUGCGGCAGAGCGAGAUCGGGAAGAGGUAACAACCGACUGCACAGCGAUGCGUUAGCUGGGAAGAAGUAACAACAGACUGCACUGUGCCUAGCUGCCUGUCGUUUACCAUGUAGAAAAGACCUGAGAUGAGUUCUGUAACCAACACAUCUCACCCUCUGCAGCAUCGAAAUGAACUCUUUCUAAAAGCACUCAAUAAGAACAUAUAGUAAAAAACUGCUUUAGCUAUUUAGAGCUAACAGACUGUUUCGUAGCUGACAGUUUGCUCAGACCGAAGAGAGAAAGAAAGUGAAGAAAUGACUCAAUCGCUCAGUACCGCCUCAGUUGCCUCACACUCUUUUACCCUAAUACCCCUCUCUAUACUGAAUAUACUCACAAAUAGCCCCAACACAGGGUAGACAGAAGCUGCCUCUAUGUUUCCGUGUACAAAAACCUUGAGACAAGUUGCUCCAUAAACCAUGUUUCUUCACACUGCAGCAUUGGAUGGAUGGAUGGAUGGGAAUUCUCUCUGAAGGACUCUUCAUAAAAUUUUUAAAAACUCUUCGAUCUGAAUCUUUUUUGUGCUUUUUUUUGUAAAAAAAAAAAAUAAAAAAUUCUUACAGAUGGUACGCUUAAAGGAUUAAAAAAUAGAAGAAAAGAAGGAACGUGUUUACAAAACCACUGCACUCGGCUAACGGACUAACGUGUACAGAGCCUCUGGGUCGCAUCUCUCACUCUGAACGUUCUUCUUGUUAUCAGUAUAAAAAAAAGUUUUGUGGAUGUUUUGGGUACCGAGACGUGCAGCCGUGAGCCGUGAGAACUGAAGCGGCACACGAUUCUUUACUGCUUCGCUUUCUUUUAAGGACUCUGUUACGAUUCAAGUAUUCAGUCGAGUCUGCGUGUUCAAUGUCAUUGCUGAACCAGCUGGCGGAUGUAGAGUAGAGAGCAAAACAAAACUAAAAAGUAUAUAUCAUAACUGGCCUGUCUUUUGACAAGAGAUGUGAGACCUUUAUGGGUUUUUUUAAACGUUAAAAAAAAAAAAUUCCACUUAUCCGUACAUCAAUAUUAGUCUCAGAGAAAGUAAUUUAUGUACAGUGUUUAUACAUACAAAAAAAAAAACAAAAAAAAAUAAAACCUUAAAAAUAUCGAUUUCUUUUUUCCGUCUUGUCAUGCAUUACUGUUUACACUUCAUGAAGUUUAAUAUUUGAUCUUAUCAGAAUUUAUGGUAAUGCUAAUCGAAAUAAAAUCAGCUGUACUAUCUCAUUACUCUGCAUUUUCAUCUCUUCCUGAUGGUUUUGCACACUUCUCUUUCGGUUUGUUUGUUUAGCUCUUGGCUGGUUUAAUGGGUCGGUUGCGGUUUCGCCGGAAUCCGCGUUACGACUGAGGUGACGACUGCGGUUUAAAACAGUCUUUAGAUGUUAGUCAGUAAUAAAAGCAGACAGGGUUCUGUUCGAACGCUUACAGACGAAACUGUCUGGUGUUCAUCUUGUUAAUAGCGAGAUCCUAAUCAGCGCUGUACUAAUUCUGUUUUAAUCUCAUGUGGAUUAAAACUAGUCGCCACGUGCAGAUGUUUAACGACAAACUGAAUAUGAGCACUUAACGUGUGAGAAAAGCAGCAAGAACUCAGCGUCUCGCCGUAAACCCUUUCGUGCUGAAGUGAAGGAUCGUGGGUAAAAAAACUGAAGAUCUGUCAAGAGUGUGUUUAGCGCUUGCCUUCAUUCAUAUACGUCGUCUCAUUCUCAUGGCUGAAAACGUUUUAGUUCGGAUCGAGUUAUCUGAAAUGUAUUAUCGCUACAGUCGACUUCUGAGGCCUUUUACAUAAAAAAAAAAAUUAAUUAAAAAAAAUUAAAAAGAGAGGGAACGCACCGCUCUUUGGGGGUUGUUUUUCUUUUUGUACGGCGAAGCCUAUUUUUCUAUUAAUAUGUGAAUGCGACGGCAUCUAAAAAGAAACGCGGUGAUCUCUGAGGUUUGGGAGCCACUAAUCCUUACUGAUAGCUGUGGGUUUUGUCCAAGCGCUGUGCGUUUGGCUGCUCCGAUCUGAGACACAAUAAACUCCUGUCCUGAUUCGACAAUCCACUUCUCGCCAUAAACGCUAGCGCCGGGCGACGCGCCGGCUUUGUGACCCUCGGGUAGUUAAGAGAAGAUAAAUCCAGCUACAUUCUGAGCACGCCUAAACACCGCACGCCAUUUCAUCGGCACUUAAUGUGAGACGCACUUACGGAGGCCGCGGUGUUAGCGAAGAAGGAGCGCUAGAGAAAAGGAAACAUGAACCAGGUUUUAGCUUCGCCAUUUGUUGCAUGCGUAUGAUGUAAAACUGCUUAUCUGAAACCACUUCAACACUGUAAAGGUCAUUUUCAGAAGUCGGGUGUUUGAACGCACUGCUUUGAUGGAUUAUUUACUGUAUCUGCUUCGACUCCAGCUCAUUAUGUAAGCUGCAUCAGAUGUGUGUGAAAUGUACCGAAUGUUUUCUUUCCCCAUCUCGCUCCGCCCCGUCCCGCAGGUCUGUACCGCCUCGUGCAGGCGUGUCAAAGUUUUAAAGAGGAUGUUAAAAAAAAAAAAAAACGGAAAAGUGUGCAUUCAGCCUUGUUUAUAUGCAUUUAUUACUGUUUUAUUCUGGACUGUUUUCGUUUGAUUGGGUUUUUUGUACUAUAAUCCACAGCAGAUGUUAGCGGCCGUGCGUCAGACGCGUCUCGGCUGUGAUGGACUACCGACAAGCUUCAUGUUUCUGUUUGUUUUUUCCCACAACAGAUCUUUGGAUUUUUUUUUUUUUUUUUUUUUCCAAAAGUCUUGAGUGCAACUAAGAGCCUGGAUACGCAUUACUGUAAAAGAAAGAAGGAAAGAAAAAAAAGAAAUAAAGAAAGAAAGAAAGAAAGAAAGAAAGAAAGAAAGAAAGAAAGAAAGAAAGAAAGAAAGAAAG